CCCAAAGCAUUCCGCGCAAGCAGUCGUCGUCGCAACUUACAUGCCGUGACAGUGUGACCCAGCAGUAGAGCCGAGAAUCUUGUAGCGUGCGUACUUAUAUUUUACACUCGACAACAUUUUUACUCCCCAAAAAGAAAAUCCCAAUUUUGAGUUUUUUUUUUUUUUCUCUAAUUCAAGUGUAACACACGAGAGAGAAAUCUCCCCUCUCAUAACAAUAUUUGUUAUUUACUUUAAAAAAAAAAAAAAAACUCAUCUCGUUAUACGCACACACACACUGUGUUUCUCUCUUUCUCACACACACAUUCAUAAACCUUUCCCCUCCCCCCGCCUUCGCGAAUUCUAAUAACAACAAAAGACCGGCAAAUCAACGUGCACCCAUCACGUUUAUUGUACAUCUCAUUUAUGUCUGUAAAACAAGUGAACGGUCUUUCUAACUAAAAAAAAAAUUUUAUUAAAUUUCGCCAAAAAGAAUAAAUACCGGUGACGCGGCAGUGACGAACUCGGUUUAAAAAAAAAAACGAAACCUAAAGACGACUCCUUGUCGUCUAUACAGUAAAUAAAAUAUAAAUAAUCGCGCGCUCACCAUUUCAAAUAAUCAAGCAAUUGCAAUGUGUGAUAAUACUAACACAACGACGCAAAGUAUAGCGGACUACCUGUCACAGUUACUAAAAGACAGGAAGCAGUUAGCUGCUUUCCCUAAUGUCUUCAUACAUGUAGAACGCCUACUAGACGAAGAAAUUGCCAAGGUUCGCGCGAGUCUCUUUCAAAUAAGUGGUGUCAAAAAAGAACCACUGAUUUUACCAGAACCAGAUGGAGAUGUCACCACACUCACAGAAAAAGUAUAUGUACCUGUUAAAGAACACCCAGAUUUUAAUUUUGUUGGACGAAUCCUGGGUCCACGUGGUAUGACUGCAAAACAGUUGGAACAAGAAACGGGAUGCAAAAUCAUGGUGCGAGGAAAGGGUUCGAUGAGGGAUAAAAAGAAGGAGGAGCAGAAUCGGGGUAAACCUAAUUGGGAACACCUGACAGACGAGCUUCAUGUUCUGCUCACAGUUGAAGAUACCGAGAAUCGUGCCACCCUGAAACUUGCCCGAGCCGUCGAGGAAGUCAAGAAGCUACUUGUGCCCGUGCAGGCCGAUGGUGAGGACGAAUUAAAGAAGAGACAACUUAUGGAACUGGCCAUAAUCAAUGGAACCUACAGAGAUUCAAAUUCAAAAGUUGCAGCAGCAGCAGUCGUAGGAUACCACCUUGAGCCAACGCCAUCAGUAAGAUGCUCAGCAUUUGAUAUUGCAGCAUGUGAUGCUGAAGAAUGGAGGCGCCUGGCAGCAGCAACAGCCGAGACACAACGUUUACUUCCUGGUUUAGGAACACAAAUGAGAACACCAAGUGCACCUCUUGGUGCACCAUUGAUACUCUCGCCAAGGAUAUCCGUACCAACGACAGGCGCCUCCCUUCUCAAUGGAUCUGGACCACCAGCAUCAUUAUUGUCCGGUGAUCCACAUGGUCUUAUCUACACGCACUAUCCCGAUUAUGCCAAUUAUGCAGCGUUAGCUUCACCAUUACUCACCGAGUAUGCUACGGCUGACCAUUCUGGUGCAGCAGCCGCUGCGAAGCAGCGUAGGCACCUGGGUCAAAUUCGAGAGCACCCUUAUCAAAGGGCUGGCGCACUCUCGUGAAUACACUGAGUACAGAGUCGCGCCUACCGCGGAAAGGCUUGGAGUGCUAACAAUGGAAUCCACUCGCCCCGUGCUAACAACUUGGACUCUAUGGAACAGCAUCCGCGUUUGAUUGGUUCGACACAAAAACCAGCCGACAGACCUUCGCCGUCCGCGUCACCAGCCCUGUUCGUCUCAAGCUUAUCCAUCCUGCCAAAAAAAAACAAAAAAAAAAAACAACAAAAAAAUACUAAAAAAAAAAAAAACACGAAAAAUAAUCCAGAAAAAAUCCUUACUAUCCAGAAGUCAGUACUUCGUAUAUAGAUCUUAAUAUUAUUUUAUUAGGUAACUGGGCGUAAAAUACUUUAAUCCAAAAGAAACCUACUUCGUAUUUUGAAGUCCUUAAUUUGGUAAAGACGAUUUCCUCCUAUGAGUAAUCGUAUAAGCGAGAAAUGUAUUUUUUUGGGGGAGGGGGAAAUAAGCAAACGCCAUUACGAUUAUUGUUGGUACUAAAUGUGGCGGCGUUGUUUGUAUUGAGCAUGCCCUUAAGGUGGUUUAAUAGUAGACAUUGCCUUAAACUUUAAUAGUACAGAAAAUAAAUAUGAAUUAAGGGGAUGUUAAAGUAGUGAUACUUCUUCUUACAUAGUAGCUUCUGUGUAAAAAGUAUCGCAACUUUAACAUGCCCUUAAGAAGAGUGGCUAUCGUAACAACCUCAAAAUAAAAAAAAAAUUUUUACCUUUUUUUGAAAUACAACAUUUUUUUUGAAAAAUCUACACUUUUUGGAAAUAAUGACAUUGUAAUUAUUUUAAUAUUGUUAAAAGUCGAUUUUUGAAAAAUUAAAAACAAUAAAAAUUAUUUUUAUUAAAUAAUUUUUUUUAACAAAAAAUAUUUUUUAGCAACAUUGAUAAAAUUAUGAUUGUAGAGAAUAUAUUUCAGAAUUGUUUAUCAAAAAUUGGAUAAAAAUUUGCGAUUUUUGUAAAGAAAAAUCAAUUUAGAAAAAAAAAAUCAUUAUUGAACGAAUUAUUUUUUGAUUCAAUCUCAUUAUUUCCAAAAAGUGGAUAAAAUUGUUAUUUAAAUAACUAAAUGAAAUUAAAUUUUAUUAUAUUUUUCUUUGUUUUAAAAAGAAACUUUUUACUUUGAGGUUAUGUUACAAUCUCUUCAAUUCAGAUUAUUGUUUCAUUUUCUAUAAAAAAGAAUUUCUAUUUUAAGGUUAUGUUCCGGUAUUGCACCUCCUUAAGGGCAGAUCAAAGUCGAUGCAAUUUUUCCAUUGAAGCUCUACGUAAAAAUUGCAUUGACUUUGACCUACCCUUAAAAAAGUAUAUAUUAUUUAAAAAAAAUAUAUUUUAAUUGAAAAUCUUUUUUAAGAAAUAAUAUCAGACGAACAAUUGAAAUAAAAGUUAAUUCAACUGCAUAAUUUUGUAAUUUUAAAUUACAAAAAAAAUUCCAACACUUUAAAAGUGUUAAAAAUUGUUUUAAAAUUUUUUUUUUAAUUUUUAAAAUAUUUAACAUUUAAAUUGAAUUUAAAUUUAAAUAAAAUAAAAAUUACAUUUGAAUAAAAAAGGACAAUUUUCUGAAAAAAAAAAAAAUAUAAACAAUAA